AUGGAUGUAUCGAGAUUAGAACAAGUUUCAAUUAGCUUCCGAAUAACAUUGCCGGAUUUUACUGUAAAAGAAAUAUUCAUGGGUUUUUAUGAAACCAGUAAUACAAAGUCGGAAACUCUUCUCAAUAUAAUAAAAAAUGUCCUAUUACGUUAUGAGCUAGAUAUUACUAAAUUAAGAAGGCAAUGUUUUGACAGCGCCGCAAACAUGAGCGAAAAAUAUUCUGGCGUGCAAACGCUACUUCGGAAGUUGAAAUCCAGAGCCCUAUUUGUUCAUUGUACGGCACAUACAUUAAAUCUGGUUGCUCAAAAUGCCAUGAAGAACGUAGAAAUGAUUAACAACUUUAUUGGAGUAGCCAAAGAUGUGAUAAACUUUAUUCGCGAUUCUCCAAAACGAAUCGCAAUAUUUAAAGAUUUACAGGCAACAUGCGAUGAAAAUCUACCGGCUCUAUCGCCGUUUUGUUCAACAAGGUAA